AAUCGGGCUGUUUUUUAUUUUUUUUUUCCCGACCUCUCUCUCUCUCUCUCUCUCUCUAGCUCUUCUCUCUGUGUUUCCCUUUCUGCAUUCUUUUUGGUCUCUGGUUCGACAAAUUAAGAAUAACACUUCCAUGGAGGCUAAGAUAGCACCGUCGAUGCUCUCAUCUGACUUCGCCAAUUUGGCUUCGGAAGCCGAACGAAUGCUCCGAUGCGGCGCCGACUGGCUUCAUAUGGAUAUCAUGGAUGGGCACUUUGUUCCAAAUCUUACCAUUGGAGCCCCAGUCAUUGAGAGUCUACGGAAGCAUACAAGGGCAUAUUUGGACUGCCACCUGAUGGUUACAAAUCCUCUUGAUUAUGUGGAGCCAUUGGGAAAAGCUGGUGCUUCAUGUUUUACUUUCCAUGUUGAGGCAUCCAAAGAUAAUUGGCAAGAACUCAUUAAGAGGAUCAAAUCAAGGGGAAUGAGAGCUGGUGUGGCUUUAAAGCCUGGAACUCCUGUUGAAGAUGUGUAUCCCUUGAUUGAAGAUGAAAAUCCUGUUGAAAUGGUACUUGUUAUGACAGUGGAACCUGGAUUUGGUGGUCAAAAGUUCAUGCCAGAAAUGAUGGAUAAGGUGCGUGCAUUGAGGAAGAAAUACCCUUCACUUGAUAUAGAAGUUGAUGGUGGCUUGGGACCUUCAACCAUUGAUGUGGCAGCUUCAGCGGGGGCAAACUGUAUUGUGGCAGGAAGUUCAGUUUUUGGAGCUGCGGAGCCCUCGCAAGUUAUAUCCCUACUAAGGAAGAGUGUGGAGGAAGCUCGUGGAAACAAUUGAUAAUGAUCUAGCAAUCUGCAAUGUUACUUCCGUCUUUGGUGAUCGAACUGCCAACUAAUAAGCUCACUGUGUGUACACCGUUAAGCUGUACAAUAUGCUGAAAUUUUGAAAGACUAAUAAAAUGAUUGGUAUAUUUGCUGAUCC